AUGGGACGAAAGAAAAUACGAAAAAGCGGAAGAAAACGAAAGGCAGUGGAUGACAUUCAGAUAGAAACAACCGGCUGGUUUGAUCUUCCCUUUGAGCUCAGAAUUAUUAUUAUCGAGGAAAUGCCUGAUAAAACAAUAUACAAAUUUGCGCAAUGUUCGAAAUUGUGCUACGAAGAAGCGAUUUCAUCGAAAAAUUAUUGUGAUAGUCUGAGCAUUGCUGAGAAAAGAGAUAGAUCAUACGAGAUACAGUUUUUCAAAAAUUGGAUUAUUUGGGGAUUUCAGUUUGAUGAUGACAAUCAAGGAGGAACAAUUGUUAAAUGUAGAAAGUGAGUCGAUUGAACUUUUGAAUAGUGGAAAAAAAACGAUUUUCAUACAGGCAUCCUCUGUAUUGUAGAGAAACAGUGUGGCAAGUUAAAGAAGAUGGAAAGUUAUUCGAUGUAAUUGCCAAAUAUGCGAACGAAUAUAUUGAGAAGUUUGGGAAGAAUUUGAAGCGCUUUGAGGUGGAAUUGGUAAGCUUUUUUUAUUUUUUUUUUCCAAAAAUCGAACUAAAUAUCCUUAUUUUUUAGGGUUGCAAAGCCAAAUCACAUCUUAUUCGCAAAAUUCGACUUCGAAAUAUGAGAAAAUUGAAAGAACUUACCAUUUCUGAAACUCCACGUCAAGUCUGCAUGUUGAAAUACAAAUUCGUCGAUUUCGACCAAAUCAAAUGCGUCAAAUCGUGCCUAGUAUUACCAGCAACUGUUUUGAGCUUUGAUCAGUUGAUUCAGUUGAAAGCGGAAAGUAUUAGUAUUUAUAUGAUGGAUUUGACACCGAAAGAUAUCAAUCAAUAUAUCAAAUAUUGGCGUGAUGGAAAAUUGAACGCGAAUUUGAUAAAUGUUUCGAUACAAGGAGGGUUCAGUGAGAAAAAUGCGAAGAGAAAAGUUGUUGAAGUCGAUUUAGAUGGGCUGGAAUUGGAAAAGUGCCGAGACUUGUAAGAUUUUGAAAAUGUUCAACCCACAAUUCAUUAUUUUCAGUUAUUUUGAAAGAACAUACAUUUCAAACUACAACAAAACUCAAAAGGCUCGAUUGGGAUUGGAUGAUAAAAUGUGGUUUACUAUGUAUAUACAAGAUAUUUCAGAAUAG